AUGGGUUUACAAGGUACGCUCCACAACUUUACCUUCUCAUCCUUCUCUGCCCUACUCCGUCUUGAUCUCCAUAAUAACUCACUUUUUGGUUCCCUCCCACCCAGCAUUGCCAACCUUUCCCAACUCACCCACCUCCAUCUCUUUGACAAUAAUUUCACGGGCUCAAUUCCUGCUGCUUUAGGUGUUCUGAACCACCUGAGGUUCCUAAGUCUGGGUACUAAUCAACUUUCUGGUCCCAUUCCCUUGGAAAUUGGUAACCUUAGUAGCCUCACUACACUGGACUCGUCAUAUAACUCUCUAAAUGGUUCCAUUCCUCCCACCAUUGGGGGCUUGAAGAAUCUUGGUUCUCUCCCUCCCACUUUGGGCAACCUGAACAAACUCUCUUAUUUGUGGUUGUUCCAUAACACUCAAAUAUCUGGAUCAAUCCCACCUGAAUUUGGGAGGUUGGAUUCUCUUUUUCAGAUUGAUGUGACCAACACCGAAUUGUCAGGUUCAAUACCUGCUUCUUUUGGAAAUUUGAGCCAGCUUAACUCUGUUUUCCUCUAUUCAAAUUCACUCUCAGGUUCCAUUCCAUCGGAAAUUGGAAACCUGACCAAUAUCCAAGACCUACAACUUUUGGAUAACCAUCUCACAGGUUAUAUCCCUCAAGAAAUUGGAAAACUGAACAAACUUCGGACCCUAGAGUUGCAGUUUAACCAUCUGACAGGUUCUAUCCCUUGGGAAAUUGGAGGGUUGAAAUCUCUCACUCAAUUUGAUUUGGCAAAUAAUAGUCUCAGUGGUUCAGUUCCUGCUUCUUUUGGGAAUUUGACCAAUCUAGUUAUUAUAUCUUUUACGACCAACCAAUUGUCUGGUCCAUUACCUCAAGAAAUCAGCAAUUUUACAAAAUUGCAAAAAUUGCAGCUUGGAAAUAAUCAUUUUAAUGGUUAUUUACCCCAACAUAUAUGCAAUAGUGCGUCACUCAUUGCAUGUUCGAUAGCUAGUAACCAUUUCACAGGCCCGAUUCCUAAAAGCAUGGGAAACUACACAAGCCUAACGAGACUAAGGCUUGACAAUAACCAUCUCACGGGAAACAUAUCGGAAGUCUUUGGUGUUUACCCGAAUUUAACUUACAUCGAUCUGAGCUACAACCAACUGUCUAGUGAGAUUUCACAGAAUUGGGGAAAGUGCCCGCAAUUGACAAAUCUAAAAAUCUCAGGAAACAAGAUAUCUGGUCGAAUACCACAUGAGCUUGGAGACUCAACCCAAUUGCAAGGACUUGAGCUUUCUUCAAAUUUCUUGGUAGGCCAAAUUCCAAGAGAAAUAGGGAGGCUUAGCUCCUUGGUGAUACUGAAGUUGAAUGAUAACCUACUCUCUAGAACCGUACCUGAAGAAAUAGGAUUGUUCUCCAAGCUUGAGAAACUUGACCUCUCAAUGAACAAUUUGAAGGGAUCAGUUCCAAAACAACUAGGGAAAUGCAUGCAUCUUCUUUAUUUGAAUCUGAGCACAAAUAGAUUCAGCGGUAGCAUUCCAGUUGAAAUUGGUAAUUUAGUUUCCUUACAGAUGCUACUAGACCGUAGUGGUAACUUGUUUACAGGAAAGAUCCCUCCGCAACUUGGAAGCUUGGAAAAGCUAACAAAUUUGAAUCUCUCUCAUAACAAGUUUUUUGGGUCCAUUCCAUCCACUUUCUCUGGAAUGAUCAGCUUGAUAACCAUUGAUUUGUCUUACAAUGAGUUAGAGGGUCCUCUACCUGAUAAUCAAGUCUUUCGAAAUGCUAAAAUGGAAGCUUUCAUUCACAACAAAGAUUUGUGUGGCAAUGCCACGGCAUACCAAGAUAUCAUUGAAGCAACUAAGCAAUUUGACCCCAAAUAUUGCAUUGGUAUGGGAGGACAUGGAAGCGUCUACAAAGCAGAGUUGUCAUCAGGUCAACUGGUAGCAAUUAAGAAGUUCACCUCUUCUUCAGAUGAUGAGAUUGUUGAUCAAGAAGCUUUCAGAAAUGAAAUUCUUAUGAUGGCAGAAGUGCGGCAUCGAAACAUCGUGAAGUUGUAUGGCUUUUGUUCCCGCGUGUGGCACUCAUUUUUGGUUUAUGAAUAUGUGGAGAGAGGAAGCUUGGCUAAGAUCCUAAGCAUGGACGAAGAAGCGGUAGAAUUUGAUUGGACUAAAAGGGCUAACAUUGUUAAAGGUGUAGCCCAUGCUCUAGCUUACUUGCACCAUGAUUGCUCACCACCAAUAAUUCAUCGAGACAUAUCGAGCAAAAAUAUUUUGUUGGAUUCAGACUUUGAGCCUCAUGUCUCUGACUUCGGCAUCAGUAGACUUCUAAAACUUGAUUCAUCCCAUUGGACAACUCUUGCAGGAACAUAUGGAUAUUUUGCACCAGAGCUUGCUUACACAAUGAGUGUAUCUGAAAAAUGUGAUGUCUAUAGCUUUGGCGUGGUAACUGUAGAAUUGAUGAUGGGAAAGCAUCCAGGAGAACUCAUCUCGAGUUUGCCAUCAAUAUCCUCUUCAGCAUUGUCAUCUACUGGAAAAAACAUAUUGUUGAAGGAUUUAAUUGACCAGCGCAUCUCACCUCCCAUAAAUCAAGUUGCUGAGAAAGUGGCCUCGAUUAUGAAGUUGGCAGUUUCUUGUUUGUAUGAAAAUCCACAAUCUCGGCCAACCAUGCAACAAGUGUCUCAAGAGCUAUGAAUUUGCAACGUCAACUCCGCAUAAUAACUUUGGGACAACUAUUGAAUCUUGAGAUGAAGAAUUUGUGUGUAGUUCAAGUAUGUUUUUCCUUUUCCUUCCUAUAUGUCCGGUAUGUUGUGAAGAAGGUAGUUUGUUCAUGAUGAGUUUGUAUGU